UGACCUGCGGUAUAUAUUAUAUAAGUAUAUACAUACAGGUUGAUGAAUGUGGUUAACCGGGAAAAGUCAUGUUUUCUCAAAUUAUACGACAUAAUCACAUAAUUUACUGAAUUGGAAAUGAUGUAUGGACUGUAAUAGAAUAGAAAUUUAUGUCAAGCAUAAAAUGUUAAAAAUUUAUUAUACGGAUAAAAGCGUAUAAUCUUUAUUUUCAUUAUGACAUAUUCUAAAAUAGUAUUAUUUUCAAUUUUCAUCGCUUCCGUAAAAUCAACUCCUUCGCAUAAUGAUUUUUUUGAUGAAGAGUUAAUGUUAAAGCCAUUACCAAGUAAUCAUGUGUAUGCAUAUUUUCAAUUUACUACUGUAUGGGAGACAACAAAACAUACAAAUACAUUACAACAUUCCCAUUUGUUUCCAAGAGGGCUUGGUGAAAUUAUAAGUCGUCAUGGGGUAGAUGAAUUACACCUUACGUUAACCAAAGGAUUAUGGAACUAUCAGAAAUGGGGAUAUCCCUAUCACGAUGCUGGUCCAGGUGCAGAGAUUCUUGCAUGGUUCAACAAAAAUGUUGUUAAUAUCGACGACGAAUGGAAAGGGCUUACCAAUGCUUUAGCUGGCUUAUUUUGUGCCUCUUUGAAUUUUGUUAAUCCCUCUAACAGUAUGUCUCCCGAAUUUACAUUCCGACCUACAGGCAUAGCAGAACACGAUGUUAAUUCUAGUCGCUUACGUUAUUCGUCGUUACCAAGAGAAAUAGUCUGUACCGAAAAUUUAACACCAUUCAAAAAACUACUACCAUGUGACUCUAAGAAAGGCUUAGUAACAUUAUUAAACUCUGCAUACAUUCAUAAUACAAAUUAUCAUUCUAUUGGAGUACAUUUUCGAAUGAUAUGUUCAAACACACCGUGUACAAAAACAUCGUUAGAAUUACGGCAAUCUGUUUCACUGAUAUACGAUACUGUAACAGAUAUUUCACAGGAUUGGUCUAUUCGAAAAUUUUUCGGAAUGGGCAUCAAAGGUGCGUGCCCACUUGCCACGCUAAGCAACGUAUACGUCGAUAUAUCCAAUAACAAUACAAAUCAAGUUUACGAAUUAGCACCUUAUCCCAGUGCUAAGAUUGUUAGUUUUCGAGGAGGACAAUUAAACGAAAUAGCAGUUUAUGAUAUUAGAUCUCAUUCUGUUAAAGGAAUGUUUAAUAUCGGAAUUAUACAUAAUACCGCACACAAGGCUAGCUUAAAUUAUCCUUCAAUUUUGUUUGCCAAUAGAUACGUUAUUGGGUAUGGCCAAGAAAGAGGUAGUUUAGUAACAAAAAUUUACAAUAAUUAUUGGCAAACAAUCGACGUUAUUUUAUUAGAAAAUAUUCCAUGGUAUUUACCAGUGUAUCUACAUUCUGUUACAAUAACUUGUGGAGCAAAACAGAUUAUACCGUUGGUACAGCGAUAUCUACCAGGCAAGGAAAGACGAAGCCCUUACUAUUUGGAAUUAAUUUUACGCUUACCACCUCAGUCUGUGACCAAAUUUUCCAUAGAAAUGGAUUAUUCGUUUCUUAAAUGGCAAGAGUAUCCACCAGAUGCUAAUCACGGAUUUUACAUGGGACCUGCUAUAAUCACGGCACUGCUUCCAAUUGCAAGGAAUUAUACUGCACUACCACUCGAUGGAAGUACUAUAACAUCAAGUUUUAAUGCUUCAAGAGAAGGAUAUGUAGUACAGCUGAGAACGGAAUCUUUGCUAAUUAGUCUUCCCACACCUGAUUUCAGUAUGCCGUAUAAUGUAAUUUGUUUAGCAUGUACCGCGGUUGCUCUAGCAUUCGGCCCGCUUCAUAACAUUUCAACAAAGAGAUUAGUUUUGAAACGAAUCGAAAUGGAUUGGAAAGAAAAAUUAUUUUCAUUUUUAAUCGAAAAAAUUGUCAAACCCAAGAAAAAACAAGAAUAAUGCAUGCAGUUUAUUGUAACUAUUUUUUGUUUUUAAAUAUGAAGAAAAUGUCGGUAGAAAAACAGAAAUAUAUUAUAAUUUACGAAUAAUAUAAUUAGAGAAAGAAAAAGAAAGAAGCCAGUAAAUUAUAAAGAAAAGGAGUCAUUUUGAUUUCAUUUCUUUUCUUUUUUGCUUUAACGUAUAAUGUGUAAAAAGUGCACGCGACUCUUUAUUAUACGAUAAAUGUGCUAAUAAACAAUAUCGAGAUUUGAUUUCAUUUCUAUUAUAAAUAUUGCUAAGGAAUUUUUUAAACAAACUAUAAUUCACUGUAAAUAAUUAAAUCAUGUAAGUUUUUAAUAUUCAAUAAUCGUACGAAAUAAAAAUAAUAAAUAUUGUAAGAAAUGUAACGUACAUGUAAUUAAUGUUAUGUACCGGAAUACUAUCGUUUCAUGGUGCUAACAUAAGAAUCGAAGAGGGAUUCGUAGUCGUAUUCAGGAUUGCACUACAAUACCUGUAUACACACAUACUGUUCAUUACUGUCAUGUAAAAUGUUAUUCGAUAGCCCCUCUAUUUCAUCGAACGAAUACAAGAUUUUAGGUGAAAUUAGGUGUAUCUUUGUAUUUUUAUCAAAAGAUACACGAACAGGAUACCUGAAUUCUCAUCGUCAUUCGAGGAGCAAAAGUGAAUUACCGCAAAACUGGUUUCUGUUGAUAUUUUUCGCGGAAAACCAUUUUCUAAUCGUAACAUUUUUAUCAUAAGGAUUUGUCGUUUUCAAAUGAAUUAUGUAUCCAACACUCGUCUCCGACGCUGUUAACUACCUCUCUCUUCGUUUUCCUCUACUACAUUCGAAUCAUUUUCAUCAAUUGAAGAAAUUGAUACGUAUUUAAGAGAUACUUAUUUGGUCUUACUCAUUCUUGAUUUUGUUUCUUUGUGUAUCGACUGAAACGUCUCGCACGGAACAUCGAUAUUUUGAUGGAUCUUGUUCGAAAUCAUUUAUUUGUUUUUGAGUCAAGCGUGUCAGAACAACAUAAACAGGUCGACAAACAACGUACAAUAAUUGCGAUUUUAUACUCAACACUACAAAAAAAAAAA